CGCGGGGUCCGCACCAUGGGCGGCGGCUGCUGGCGGCUGCUGGGCGUCGUGUGCCCGCUGCUCCUGCACCUCGCCGCGAGCCAGGAGCCCGUCAGCAUGGCGGGACAGUGCGACACCAUCUACAAGGGUUUCGCCGCCUGCCUCAUCAGCCUGGGGGACAGCAUGGUCCAGAGUGUCCGGCAGCAGCAGCAGCAGCAGGAGGAGGGCGGCGACGAGGCGCAGGAGCUGGACACCAUCUGCAAGUCUUGGGAUGAUUUCCACACGUGCGCCAGCGAGGUGCUGUCGAGAUGCCCCGUGGAAGCGGCCACCAUCUGGGAGUCGCUGCGCCAGGAGUCCCGCAAGAUCCAGUUCCAGGGGAACCUGCAGGAGCUGUGCAGCGCCCGGGGACGCAUGGCCAGCGCCCAGGGCUCGCCGGCCGCUGAGACCAACCAGGCCACGCUGCGGGGCUCGGCCACCCCCCUGCACCCGCGGCUGCUGGCCCUGCUGGCCCUGCCGCUGCUGCUGCCCCGGCUGUAGCCCAGCCCGCCCGCGGGGUACCCGGGUGAUGCCGGGUCGGUCCCCCCGGGUGCUGACCGGUCCCCGCCGCGCCCACCUCCCUCCCGGGCAUCCCUCGCGGGGCACGGUCAUCUCCYGCAGCACUACAGAUGGAUUUAUAUUUAUAUUAAAAGACACUUUUACAUUUCUCCUGUCUCUCUGCCAUGGGAUGCCCCUCGAGCCCUUCCCACGCUCCGUGUUUGCUCUGGGGACUGGAGAGGAGAUGGUCCCUGCACCAGUCCCCAAGAAGGGUCAGUAGAGAGGGUCUGUGGCUCCAUUCCCCCACUGCAUUGCCCAUGGACAGCCCGAGGAGGGGACAAUUCCCAU